AUGUUACAGAGGGGCAAAGAGGCUGUGCUCUGCUGCCCCCUCGUCCCCUUGGCAGAGGUGGUCUUGGUGACAUGGAAAAUACUCCGCAGAGGCAAGCCUUCCUGCGUCCUGUCCUACAGACCAGAGACACAGGAGACCAAUGAGAACUGCAUGGACAGGAGGAUAACCUGGGUCUCCGCCCCUGGCCUGAGGCCCCAUCUUCACAUCGGCGCCGUGACCCCCGAUCUUGACGGGCAUUACCUGUGUGAAAUAGCAACACCCGAUGGGAAUUUCCAACGUGGACACGACCUCCAAGUGUUAGUGCCCCCUGCAGUAACUCUGUCUCUAGAGAAGAAUGCCACUGUAGUGUGUGAGGCGGCUACAGGCAAGCCCGCCGCACAGAUCUCCUGGACUCCAGAUGGGGACUGUGACACUAAGAAUGAAUCAGAUGUCAAUGACACAGUGACCGUCAGGAGCACGUGCCACUGGGCAGUGCACAGUGUGUCUGUUGUGACCUGCCUGGUCUCUCACUUGACUGGCAACAAGAGUCUGUCCACAGAACUGAAUCAAGGCUUCACCGGAAGCUCACAGUUGUUCUUGGUCACUCUCUAUGUGAAGCUCCCUCUUGCUGUGGCGGUUCUGUUCCUCGUGGGAUUUGCUUUUUGCCAGAAGACAAAAAAUUUCAGUACUUCUUGA